GGCGGUGCGGGACCCCGCGGAUCGGCGGCGACACCGGCACCGGCACCGCGCCCCUCCCGCGCUCCGCUCCCAACCCCGAGAGGAAAUCAUGGUUAUGCUGAAGAUUUCAUCUUUCCUUGCUGUUUAUGCCUUGGUUGUGUGCCAGAUGGACAGCUUCCAGGCAGCCCCAGUCAGACCUGGCUUGGAGUCCCUCACGGACCGAGUGGCUCUCAGUGAUUACGAAGCUCGGCGGUUAUUAAACGCACUGGUGAAGGAGUUCAUACAGAUGACAGCAGAGGAGCUGGAGCAAACCUCCGAGGGGAACAGCCUGGAUAAGCCCAUUUCCAAACGCUGUGCCAGUCUGAGUACUUGUGUGCUGGGCAAACUGUCUCAAGAAUUGCACAAAUUGCAAACUUACCCUCGCACUGACGUCGGGGCUGGAACUCCUGGCAAGAAGCGGAAUGUGCUGAGUGACCUGGAACAUGAACGCUAUGCAAACUAUGGGGAGCCCCUGGGAAACAACUAGACAUGCUUAUUUCUCCCCCUUUCCCUUUUUUAACCUGAUGCAUGUGGAUAUAACUUUGAUUGCUAACUUUGCUGUGUUCUUUUGAUUCUGUUUUCGACAGAGAAUGUUUGAGAUGGACCUAAUGUUAGGAAGACCAAGAGUAUAACAUGCAUAUCAAACUAGGGGAAAAAAUAAAUAAAAAUGAUCAGCACUGCCUUGACAUUCCAAAUGAUUUUCUUAGACAUUGAUUAAAAAAAAAUUCUAAAAAAGGUUCUUCAUUUCUGGCUGCUAAAUGUAUGAGUAGAUUUUUUCUUUUGUGCUUACCCAUGCACUUGUUCAAUAAACCUAUUUUUCUAUAAGG